AUGUUCAAUCCGGAUCCGACGUGGGUGGGUCUUAGCGGGAAGCAAGUUGACGAUGAGGAUUCCAUAUCGGACGACGAAGUCCUGGUUCUUAGGCACAACCGACUUAGAGGAUCACCCUUCUGGAAAAGGAUGAGACGCAAAAACCACUUUGUGGAGCCCGAGUGCGGUGACAGUGAUGCCGUGCCCUCGGACGAUGAGGAUGAGACUGAUGAGAUGAGAGUCGAUACGGACGAUCAAGUGAUCGGCCUCACCCGCACCCGCAACGAUGAAGAAAGCGAUCCCGGCGAAAGAAUAAGUCCCGAGUAUAGGCGCGCAGAGGAAGUGUUACUACCAAAACGUAAGCCGGUGUUUUGUCUGAGUACUAGGGCAGACGAAUAUCAAUCCAAUAACUGCGGUUCUUUGAGUCAUUGGCCAGCGUCACGAAGCUUGUUGUUAUAUCUCACCUCGAUAUCAACCGUAGUUGGACAGCUGAUUCACGUCUUGGAUGUGAACAUCUGUACGAUUGAGCGCGUGUGA